AUGUCGACCAAACCCCCCUCCCGGGUGGUUUUUGUGGGAAAUAUCCCGUAUGGACUCUCAGAGGAACAAAUCAGCGACAUCUUCAGCGGCGCUGGAAAGGUGCUCAACUUCCGCCUCGUCUACGAUCGCGAAACCGGGCGACCAAAGGGGUUCGGCUUCGCAGAGUACCCAGAUGCCGAUUCGGCGUCAUCAGCAGUCCGCAACCUGAACGAUUAUGAAAUCAUGGGCCGCAAACUGCGUGUCGACUUUUCGAACGAGGGCACGAGCGACGACAACAACGACGGAGGGAACAGCAAUCGGAAUAACAAUCAACCUGCCGAUCCUUACGCAAAUCUGAACGGCGCGGCUACUGCUCAGUCCACCUCCCUACCACCUCUCCCGCCUGGCGUGCAGUUACCCCCCGGUGUCACAGCUACGGAUGCCAUCUCGCGCACCCUGAAUACCCUCCCUCCCACUCAACUCCUUGACAUCCUCCAGCAGAUGAAGACGCUUGCGACGAACGACCCCGCGCGUGCAACAGAGCUCCUGUCACAGGCUCCACAGCUGAGCUAUGCCGUCUUCCAAGCGCUCCUCCUCAUGGGCCUAGUGUCGCCCGAGGCAAUCAACAGCGUCCUGCAGCCGGGCAGCAUGGCCGCACCGCCCCCAGCGCCGCCCGUUGGAUAUCCUCCGCAAGCAGGCUUCCCUCCCCAGAUGGUGGCUACCAACACGCCGCCGGUCUCGAAUCCGUAUGCGCCACCUCCACCAGCAGCUGCUGCACCACCAGGCCAGGAUCCCGAGUCUCUGAUGGCGGCGGUCAUGCAGCUGCCGCAGGAAGUUAUCGACCAGCUGCCAGAAGCGGAGAAGCAGCAAAUUCUAGCGCUGCGGGCGGGCUUCCAGGCCCAACAAAGGUGA